AUGGGUAAAGAUAGACGCGUUGUAUACUUUUAUGAUCCGGAUUGUGGGAACUUUCAUUAUGGACAAAAUCAUCCAAUGAAACCGCAUCGACUUACUCUUGCGCAUACACUCAUAGUGAAUUAUAAUCUUACAGAUAGUAUGAAAGUAUAUAAACCAUAUCGUGCUAGUAUGAAAGAUAUGAUAUCAUUUCAUUCACAAGAAUACGUGGAAUUUUUACGUGAUGUUACGCCGACGAAUGUUCAUACAUUUCCUAAAGAGAAAUUAUUAACUUAUAAUAUAGGUGAAGAUUGUCCGAUUUUCGAUGGAAUUUAUCGAUUUUGUUCAAUUUAUACCGGAGCGUCACUACAAGGUGCUAAGUAUUUGAAUAAUGGAGUAACAGAUAUCGCAGUCAAUUGGUCAGGUGGACUUCAUCAUGCUAAAAAGUUUGAGGCAUCAGGAUUUUGUUAUGUUAAUGAUAUUGUCAUAGCAAUAUUAGAAUUAUUAAAGUAUAAUCCACGUGUAUUAUACAUUGAUAUUGAUGUUCAUCAUGGUGAUGGUGUACAAGAGGCUUUCUAUUUAACUGAUCGUGUAAUGACAGUUUCAUUUCAUCGUUAUGGAAAUAUGUUUUUCCCUGGAACAGGUGACAUGUAUGAAGUUGGUGCAAAAGCUGGGAAAUACUAUUCAGUGAAUAUACCUUUAAAAGAAGGUAUCGAUGACGAUAUGUAUUUCAGUGUUUUUCGAGCAGUAAUCAACGAUGUAGUCAGUUUUUAUCGGCCCACAACUAUUGUCCUACAAUGUGGUGCUGACUCAUUGGGUUGUGAUCGAUUAGGCGUAUUCAAUCUGUCCAUACGAGGUCAUGGACGAUGUGUUCGUAUGGUAAAAGAACUUGGUUUACCAUUAUUAGUGCUUGGUGGUGGCGGUUAUACUGUACGUAAUGUAGCCCGUUGUUGGGCGUAUGAAACAGCUGUCCUUUUGGAUCAAGAAGAGGAAAUCUCUAAUGAAUUACCCUAUUCACCGUAUAUUGAAUUCUUUUAUCCUGAUUAUACUCUACACCCAGAUUUGACAACUAAACUUGACAAUGCUAAUACACGACAGUAUAUCGAAGCGCUACGCGUAACAGUUCAUGACAAUCUGAAACAACUUGUACAUGCACCAAGUGUUCAGUUCACCGAUGUACCGAGUGAUUAUUUGGGGAAUUUUUGUGAGGAUUCAAAUGACGAGCGGGAGAAAUUUGGUGAACCUUUUGUUGAAGAAGCAACAGAAUCAACUGCGGCUUAA